AUGGCUUUUAACUCACCAGACGAUAUACAAGUGACAUGUCGUUGUAUUCCCUCAUGGAAUCGAGUCCCCAACACCUCGAUCCAAUCAAAACCCGUCAUGGUAUACCACGGCGCCUUCAACGCCACAGCCGGAGAGCUCUCGCGACGCUUGGAAUCGAUUGGGGAAGUCGUCCCUCAGUGGGUAUAUACCAUGUAUAGCCAGACCCAUUUCCACUCCACCACCCACGAGGUUCUCGGGGUCGUUGCGGGACGCGCACGCCUGUGCUUUGGAGGCGAAGAGAACCCCGAGCGAUUCGAGCCGACGGUUCAGUGCGGUGACUUGAUCAUCGUUCCUGCUGGAGUAGGGCACAGACUCUUGGAUGAUGAAGGUGAUGUAUCGUUCAAAAUGGUCGGUUCAUACCCUCCGCAGAAAGAGUGGGACAUGUGUUAUGGGCAGCCAGGCGAAGAAGCAAAAGUGCAGGGCAUCCGGAAUUUGGAGUGGUUCCACCAAGAUCCUCUGUACGGAGAAGAUGGCCCUGCUCUGCAUGUAUAG